AUGUCCUUUACUGCCACUGCCGCUUAUCAAUACUCCGCCUCCUCAACUGCAACGUCUUCUUCCUAUGGGCACACGUACCCCGCAACAUUAUACGCGCAUGCACUUCCCUCUGACUGUACCUACUACAAUCCGGCGAAGCCGAAGGGUGACCUUUCCCCCAUUCCCGCGCAGACGCAGAUCGACUACAAGGUUCAGCUCCGAGCACGACUAGCAACAGGCGCUCUAAGGGACACGCCUGAAGGCUUCCCCUUCAAGGUCGAGAACCACGCCAUCGUCUGCAAGUCCUUCGAGCACUACGAAACUCUACCCGACGGUGCUUUAGCGGCCAUCCGGUUCGAUCCUCCGGAACCGCACUGCAAGUACUUUUCGUGGCGCGCGUACGUGCCGACACAUUGUCACGCGGACCAGCGCCGGACGACGGCGAAAUACGCCUCGGGUGAAGUCCAGCUCCAUCCGAACGUCCUCAACACCCGCUACGGCAAGCAGGCGACCAAGUCCCCCAUCAUCAUCCUCCGCGCGCUCGCCGUGUCCCUGGAGAUCGGCAUGCUCCUGACCAUCCGCGUCGCGGAUGCGCGUACCAUGAGCCUGCCUCGCAACGUGAGCGCAUCGCCAAUAAGGCAGGGCGACGUGGUGUUCGUCGGCACGGACAACGCGGGAAGGCGCGAGGUUGUCUUCAACGCGUCAGCGGGCGACGUGUAG